UUAAAUAUAUAUAUAUAUAUAUAUAUAUAUACAAACAUGGAUAGUAGCAAAUUGUUAAAAAAUGUUUAUGGCAUCGAUAUACACUUUGAAGAUCUCGUCUAUCAGGUUAAUGAGUCAAAGCGAAAAGAAAAAAAGAAGGUGCUCAAGGGCAUUACGGGCACAUUUAAAUCGGGCGAAUUGACUGCCAUUAUGGGCCCUUCAGGGGCCGGCAAAUCUAGUCUUAUGAACAUUCUGACUGGCCUUACCAAAACCGGCGUAACGGGCACCAUUGAAAUUGGCCACAAGGCGCGCAAGCUGUGCGGCUACAUUAUGCAGGAUGAUCAUUUCUAUCCCUUCUUCACCGUGGAGGAGACGAUGCUGCUGGCAGCAACUCUCAAGAUUUCCAACAAAUGUGUUAGCAUGAAGGAAAAGCGCAUUUUGAUCGACCACUUGUUGAACACAUUGAAGCUAACCAAUGCGAAGCAAACGAGAUGCUCGAAGCUGAGUGGUGGCCAGAAGAAGCGCCUAUCCAUUGCCCUGGAGCUGGUAGACAAUCCCGCAGUGCUAUUUUUAGACGAGCCCACAACGGGCCUGGAUAGUUCGUCCUCAUUUGACACCAUACAGCUGCUGCGUAGUCUGGCGAACGAGGGUCGCACCAUUGUGUGCACAAUCCAUCAGCCAUCGACGAACAUUUACAAUCUGUUCAAUCUGAUCUAUGUGCUCAGUUCGGGUCAAUGCACCUACCAGGGCACGCCCCAAAAUACGGUGAUGUUUCUGAAAACGAUCGGACUUGAAUGUCCCGCCUACCACAAUCCAGCGGAUUUCUUGCUGGAAUGUGUGAAUGGUGAUUUUGAAGAUCACACCGAGGCCUUAACUGAAUGCGCCAAGGACACGCGCUGGCGAUACGAUGUGUCGGAAACGCCAUCCGAAACGCAAGUGGCCAAGUUCAAUGAAUCGCACACCCAAGGCCAGGCAGCCCAGCCCAAAAUACAGAAGGUGGACUCAACAAAGGAACUCAUUAAACACACCUAUCCGCCGCCCGAAUGGAUGCGUUUGUGGCUGUUAAUUGGACGUUGUCACUUGCAAUUCUUCAGGGAUUGGACCUUAACAUAUCUUAAGCUUGGCAUGCAUAUACUUAGUGCUAUCAUGAUUGGCCUGUUCUUUGGUGAUUCCGGCAUAAAUGCAACCAAGCAAAUAUCGAAUGUGGGCAUGAUUAUGAUACACUGUACAUACCUCUGGUAUACGACCAUAAUGCCGGGAAUAUUGCGCUAUCCAUUGGAGAUUGAGAUAAUCAAGAAGGAAACCUUUAACAAUUGGUACAAGCUGAAAACCUACUACGUGGCCACCAUGAUAACAUCGACACCCGUGCAUAUAAUCUUCUCCACAGUUUAUAUAACUAUUGGCUACAUGAUGACCGAUCAGCCGGUUGAACUGGAUCGUUUUGUCAAAUACCUGCUGACGGCUGUGGUCGUAACCAUCUGUGCAGAUGGCUUGGGUGUAUUCCUAGGCACAAUACUGAAUCCGGUGAAUGGCACCUUUGUUGGCGCCGUUUCGACGUGUUUUAUGCUCAUGUUUUCGGGUUUCCUGAUCCUGCUGACGCACAUACCUCCCGCAUUGCAAUUCAUUGCCGCCCUAUCGCCGAUGCGCUAUGCCCUGGAGAAUAUGGUUAUGUCGUUGUAUGGGAACCAACGCGACAAGCUAGAAUGUCCAUCGAACGAAUUGUACUGUCACUUCAAAAAUGCCAUUACGGUGCUACGUCAAUUUGGCAUGGAACAUGGCGAUUUUGGCUAUAACAUCAUGAUGAUUCUGGGCCAAAUAUUGCUAUUCAAGAUCAUGGCCUACUUUACACUCAAGCGUAAAAUCAAAUCAAUUUGAUUCGUUUUAGUGGCCUAGUAUUGAGCUUAAUAUAAAUUAAAUGUGAUUUUAUGUUACUUAUCGCUUAGUUCAAGUGAACUAUAUUUUACAUCGGCGUGUGAUACUUUAACUAAUGCUACCUGUUGCUGUACUACAUACUACGUGUAAACAUAGCGAAUAUAGAUUUUAUACGGUUAUACAAUUUUUCAUACGCAUGUACAUACAUAUAAAGGACUAUACAUAUGUAUAUAUGUCAUUCGAUUAGUUAUCAGAUAAAAUAGGACAUAGUAAGAAAAUUGAUGUACGAAUAAAAUGGACAAGUUAAUAGAAAAGAAACUUUA